GGGAUGAUUCAGUGGAAUGUCUUUGAAUGGGGUCGUCAGUUGAGGUGUGAGCAGAGAACAAACCCAGACGGCAACAACGGACUGUCUGUGGGUUUCUUCACCAAAAUAUACAACAAGGACAAAGUAAAAACACUUACGGAUCAUCUGGCAGGUCGUUAGGUGACACCCAGGUGUGAUCACGAACAAGAAGUGAACUACCAUGGAAAGUUUUCGGUUUGCACUUUAACUUUUAACGGUUCAGAUGUCUCGAGCAUCAGUGAGUUGUUGAUUUCGCGGGCUUUUGUCGCGGGGAUGUUGUUGACACUCUCCGUCACGGCGCUCGUGCUGUGCGCGUGGCCGGUGAGCCUCGCGCACGGCUGCCAGCUCCCCACGGAGUGGCGGCCGCUGAGCGACGGGUGCCGCGCAGAGCUGGCGGAGAUCAUCAUAUAUGCGAAGGUGCUUGCCAUUCACCGGGAGCAGUAUCACGGUGGGGCGGGGAGCCUGUACAACUCGCUCCCCUACCCGUACGGCUACGGGUACGAGGGCGCGGAGGAGGGUCUGCUUUAUUCGGCGGAGGUGGAGCUACUGUGCGACCAGGCCUGGGGGAGCAUGCUGGAGGUGCCAGCGGGCUCCCGGCUCAACCUCACCGGCCUGGGGUACCUGUCGUGCCAGUCGCACACGGUGAUGGAGAACUACUCGUACAUCUUCUUCCUCCGGAUGGACGAGAACUACAACAUCCUGCCCCACGGCGUCAACUUCCAGGACGCCAUCUUCCCCGACACGCUGGAGAACCAGCGCAUGUUCUCCAGCCUGUUCCAGUUCUCCAACUGCAGCAGCGGACCCGCCCAACUGCUCCGCCCACAAAGCAGAGGCCACGCCCCCCAGCCACUCCACCUGACCAGCACGGACUGGAACCAGCAGGAAGACAGCCGGCAUCUGGAGACCGGUAAGCCUCCAUGGCGAUGUCUUCCAGGAUGUCAGCUGCUGUGCUCCUCGGUGCAGGAGGCCCUGUUGGAGGAGGAGGAGCGCGGCAGGAAGCUGCGGGAGCGGCUGGCGGCGGCGGAGCGGCGGAACCGCCAGCUGAAGGGCCGCGUGCGGAAGGCCAAGCGCUCGCUGCGGACCGCCCGGCUGGAGGCGCGGCGCUCCCAGCAGGAGAACCAGGAGCUGCUGGCCCGGGUGGGGAGGGAGGGGCGGCGGGCGGGGCACCACCUCAACGCCAUCGCCCCCCAGGGGGAGGAGCCAGCGCCGCCGAGCGGGCGCAAGGGCGGAGCCAUGAGACGGAGAACGCCGCUGUAGCGUGGAUAGGCGCGCACAUACGUACACACACACGCACUCGCACGCACAUACACACACACACGCGCACUCACACGUACGCACACACAUACAAACACACACACGCACUCGCA